CGCGCCGGCUCCCCGCCGCAGUCCCGGUGCGGCGGGCGCUGCGGUGCCGGCAUGGCGGCGGGCCCGGGCGGCGGCGGCUGGGGCCGGAGCCGGGGCGCCGUGCUGCUGCUCUUCUUCUCGCUGUCGCCGCGGCCGCCCGCCGGGGCCGCGUGGCUGCUGGGGCUGCGUCCCGAGGACACGGCGCCGGGCCGGGUGUCGCUGGAGGGCGGCGCGGUGCAGGCGGCCGAGGGGAGCCGCUUCCUCCUGCGCCUCUACUUCCAGCCGCCGCCCGAGGGCAACGCGAGCCGCGGGCCGGCCGGGGAGCGGGAGCCGCGGCUCGUCUUCAUCGAGGAGGCGGCGGGGGGCAAGGCGGCGCGGGGCCCGGCCGAGCGGUGCCGGGAGCGCAGCGCCUGGGCCUCGGACGUGGAGGUGGUGGGGCCGCUGCGCUCGGGCGGCGCGGCGGGGUCGGCGCUGGCCGAGGUGCGGGUGCGGGAGCCGCGCAAGGGCGAGGCGGCGGCGGCGCCGGGCGGGCGGCUCUUCUCGCUGUGCGCCUGGGACGGGCGCGCCUGGGCGCACCACGGCGCGGCGGGCGGGUUCCUGCUGCGGGUGCGGCCGGCGGCCCCGGCGCUGGGAGCGUGGCUGCUGCCGCUGCCCGAGGCGGGCUGGCUGCGGGCGCUGGGCGCGCUGCUGCUGCUGGGGCUGUCGGCGCUCUUCAGCGGGCUGCGCCUCUCGCUGCUCUCGCUCGACCCGCUGGAGCUCCGCGUGCUGCGCAACAGCGGCUCGGCCGCCGAGCGGGAGCAGGCGCGGCGGGUGCAGGCGGUGCGCGGCGGCGGCGGGACCUACCUGCUGUGCACGCUGCUGCUGGGGCAGGCGGGGGCCAACGCGGCGCUGGCCGGCUGGCUCUGCGCCUCCCUGCCCGGCGGGGCGGCGGCGGGCAGCGGGGCGCGGGGAGCGCCCUGGCUGCCGGUGCUGCUCUGCGCCGCCGCCGUGUUCCUGGGCGGAGAGGUGCUGCCCUACUCGGUGUGCUCGCGGCACGGGCUGGCCAUCGCCUCCCGCACGCUCUGCCUCACCCGGCUGCUGAUGCUGGCCGCCUUCCCCCUCUGCUACCCGCUCAGCCGGCUGCUGGACUGGGCGCUGCGGCAGGAGCUCAGCGUCUUCUCCACGCGGGAGCGGCUGCUGGAGACGCUGCGAGCGGCCGGGCCCCACGGAGACCUGGUGCGGGAGGAGUUGGCCAUGGUGCAGGGCGCGCUGGAGCUGCGCACCAAGGUGGUGGAGGACGUGUUGACGCCGCUGGCCGACUGCUUCAUGCUCCGGGCGGACGCCGUGCUGGACUUCGCCACCGUCUCCGAGAUCCUCCGUUCCGGCUACACCCGCAUCCCCGUCUACGAAGGCGACCGGCGCGACAACAUCGUCGACCUGCUCUUCGUCAAGGACCUGGCCUUCGUCGACCCUGAUGACUGCACCCCCCUGCAGACUGUCACCCGCUUCUACCGCCGCCCGCUCCACUGCGUCUUCAACGACACGCGCCUCGACACGCUGCUUGAGGAGUUCAAGAAGGGAAAGUCCCACCUGGCCAUCGUGCAGCGGGUGAACAACGAAGGGGAAGGAGACCCGUUCUACGAGGUGAUGGGCAUUGUCACCCUGGAGGAUGUCAUUGAGGAGAUCAUCAAGUCCGAGAUCCUGGAUGAAACGGAUCUGUACACAGACAAUCGGAAGAAGGAGAGGGUGCCCCACCGGGGACUCAAGCCCCAGGACUUCUCCAUCUUCAGGCUCUCAGACAGUGAGAUGAAGGUGAAGAUCUCCCCACAGCUCCUCCUGGCUACCCAUCGGUUCAUGGCAACAGAAGUGGAGCCUUUCAAGUCCCCCUACCUCUCUGAGAAGAUCCUGCUCCGGCUCCUGAAACACCCCAACGUCAUCCAGGAGCUCAAGUACGACAGAAAGAACAAGAAGGCGGCAGAGCAUUACCUCUACCAACGCAACCGCCCUGUUGAUUACUUUAUCCUCAUCCUGCAGGGGAAAGUGGAGGUGGAGGUGGGCAAGGAAGAGCUGCGGUUUGAAAAUGGGGCUUUCACCUACUACGGUGUACCCGCCAUUAUGGCUGUCGUCUCCUCAGAUAACGAUGUGAGAAAAGCGGGCAGCCUGGCUGGAUCCUCCUUCCUAUUGCCUGUCUCAGUGUCCCGUACCUUCGCCUUCAGCAGAGGGGACUCCCUGGCUGGAUCUCCAGUGAACAGGUCACCAUCACGGUGCAGUGGGCUCAACCGCUCCGAGUCCCCCAAUCGAGAGCACAACGACUAUGGGGGCAGCACCACGCAGCUCCACAGUGGCAGCAACAACAUCUACACACCCGACUACUCCGUGCACAUCCUCUGCGACGUGCAGUUUGUCAAGGUCACCCGGCAGCAGUACCACAAUGCGCUGGUGGCCAGCCGCAUGGACAGCUCGCCCCAGUCUCCCGACAUGGAGGCCUUUGACAGGGAUUCAACCAAGGCCUCGACUGCACGAGGAACCCCACAGACACCCAAGGAGGACCCCACUACCCUCCUGAAUGAGAGGAGCAGCAUCAUGUGCAGCCGCUCCGAGGGGCCGCGCAGUCCCAGUGACUCCGUGUUCCUGCGCAUGGAGGGAAUCCCCUUCAUCCAGGAGGAGCUGGCUGACAAUGAGGAGAACAGCAAGAGGCAGAACAGUGAGUGCUGCAGCACCGUCCUGGAGGCAGAGUCCCCAGUUAGAGAGGCUGGGACCAGCUCAUCGCCAAGUAGCUCUGAGGAGACGUUGGGCAGGAGGCUGCUGAGAUCCCUCAGUGGGCGCAAGCAGCAGCUGUCGCCAGAGGGUGAGAAGACACCAGAGGAGAGCUCCAAUCUUGUCCCGUUAAUCACCUGAGCAGCGGCGUGGCCGGGAGCGCAAUGCUGGAGGCCCAUGCAGACUGGAGCAAAGCACUCGGCCGUCCAAGGAGUUACACCAUACUGGGGAAGAACAGGAGUUAAUAUCGUGCCAUUGCAAACACAAUGGUGGGAUACACAUGCUGGAGUACAGCCUGACAGAUAACAACAUAAAUCUCAUAGUCCACCAAUGCUGAUAACACUUCAGCUGGAACCAACUGCAUUGCUGUCUGGGUACUGCCUUUCUGAGGAAACACAAGGCAAUUGAAAGGAGGCCAGAGGAAAGCAAGGGCUGGAAAACAACCUACCCCAAAGGCUGAAGGAAACUGGGUCGCCUAAUCUUAACUGGUGAAGGAUGUGAAGGGGAGAGAGGAAGUUUUCAAAUACAUAAAAAGCUGUUGCAAGGAGGAAAGGAAUAAUCUGUUCUCUGUUGCCAUGGUAAAUGGGGUAAUGGGUAAUGAGCUUACCCUGCAGAAAAAGAGAAAUUUAGGUCACUUGUUAGGAAAAACAAGGCUGGUAAGGCUAGCAAAGGGCUGGUACAGAUCAUAUGUGGGGUGGUCCAAGCUCCACACCUAGAGGUCUGUAAGCACAGAGUAUAGGCAGAUGUUACAAAUUACAAAAGGAGAGUUGGUUCUUCAACUCCCUCCCCUGAGAUCAGCCCUAGAAGUCAUCCAUUAACCACUACCCCAUUACCCUGGCUGUGGAUGGACACCAAGAGGAGAAAAAGCUCCCCACAUCCACAAGCUGUCUCUGGCUUACUCUUAUGUAACACAAAUGGAAAAGGACAAAUGAGACCCCAUGCACCGCCUUCAAACACAGCAAGAGAACAAGGCACCAUUUUUGCCUUCUCUGUCUAAGCUGCAGCACAAGCAAAAUCCACCAGGGCAACGCUAUCACUAACUGACCAAAGGAAAAGGGAUGUUCCCCCUUCUUCACGAGAUUUUGGCAGGAAGAUGCCCUAUCAAGGUAGUAAUAUCAGCUCACAAAUAGAUCUGCUAACAGUGACUGCAGAGAGCAGAAGCAGAUGGUCCCAGCUCUUUUUCAAUGCCAGAAACACAGGCUAUUGCUGGCAGGCCUGCUGAAGUCAGGGAGGGUAGGUGGUGGUUUACCAGGGGCCUGCUGAGAAGGAGGAACAGGGAAGAUCUGCUUUUCAACACAUUAGCAACAGGACAGUGGCUCUGGGCCAGGGAGAGAUGGACAGAUGCGAUGGGUCAUGCACAAUCAGCCAGAAAGCAAGCACAUAUAGAUGCACACAAUGGGCUGGACAACAGGGCAGGGGGGUGAAAGCAGAACACAAGAUGGACACGGGAGGAAUGAGUCAGCUUCAAGCACUCAACUACGCUCUCCCAAUAGGACUGUGCCCCAUUAGCAGCAACUA